AUGUCAGAAAUCGUCAACAACCUCCUCGCCAAACUCGCCGGCCUACUGGGCGACGAGUGCCAGAAGCUCAAAGGGGUGGAGCGUCAUGUGCGGUUCCUCGAGGACGAGCUCAGCACCAUGAAAGCAUUCCUGGAUGAGCUGGGGCUGAGGGAUGAACUAGAUCCCUUGACCAAGAACUGGCGGGACCAUGUCAGGGACAUGGCCUACGACAUGGAAGAUUGCCUCGAUGACUUCCUUGUCAAUCUUGGAAGUGCCAGUGACAACGCUGGUUUUAUCGAUAGGACCACUGAGCUUGUCAACAUCCUGUGGGCGCGUCACCAGUUUACAAGCCAGAUUCAGGAGCUCAAGGAUCGUGCUAUAGAGGCGAAUCACCGACGCAAAAGGUACAAGCUUGAUGAUAGCAGUAGCUCUAGCUCUGCCCUUGUGCCAGUCGAUCCUCGGGUGUCGGCACUCUACAGAGAGGCGGCCAGCCUUGUGGGUAUUGAUGGCCCAAGGGAUGAGAUUGUCCGUUGGCUGGCGGAUAGUGAGGAAAAACUCAAGGUGGUGUCCAUUGUGGGAUUCGGCGGUCUUGGUAAAACUACACUUGCCAAACAGGUGUAUGAUAAGAUCGGCGAACAAUUCAACUUUAAGGCAUUUGUGCCGGUUUCCCAAAGACCCGACAUGGCAGCGCUCUUGAUUGGGCUAGAAUCGAAGCUCAAGGGAACCGAGAUUUGUCGCACUCGAAAGGUGCAUGACAUCAUCAACGACCUUCGAGAGCAUCUCACGGACAAAAGGUACUUUAUUGUAGUCGAUGACUUGUGGGAUCGACCAACAUGGGAUAUUAUUAGUUGUGCUUUUCCAGAUAAUGGCAACGGGAGUAGAAUAAUAGUAACUACACGAGUGGAAGAUGUGGCUCGCCUGGCAUGUCGCAAUCAUCAGGAGUGCGUCUACAAAAUAAAGCCUCUCAACGUCCAAGACUCGAAAAGAUUAUUCUUUAGUAGAGUGGUUGCGCCUGAGGAUGUCAAUCCAUCCCAAUAUGAAGAAGGUUCAACUGAAAUUUUGAAGAGGUGUGGUGGACUGCCACUCGCUAUUAUUACAAUAGCCGGCAUAUUAGCUAGUCGUCCAGGAAUAUUAAGGCGGGAUUGGGAGACCAUAAGGAGUUAUUUGGGAGUUCAAUCUGCCACAGACCUCACCAUGGAAGGAAUGAGGCGUAUAUUAAACCUUAGUUACAUGCAUCUUCCUGCUCAUCUUCGGGUAUGUUCCUUACAUCUUGGUAUGCAUCCAGAGGACCACGAGAUCAUGAGGGAUGAUCUUGUUCGACAAUGGAUAGCUGAAAGCCUUGUGCGAGGUUUACCUGGGCAAGAUUUGGAGGAUAUUGGAAGGAGUUAUUUCAAUGAGCUUAUCAACAGAAGCUUGAUUCAGCCUGAAGAGACAUUCGCUGGGGAUGUGGUUUCUUGCAGAGUGCAUGAUAUGAUUCGUGAUGUUAUUAUCAGCAAAUGUGAAGAGGAAAAUUUCAUGAGUAUGGUAUACAAUUCUGAAGACAUUGCAAGAUUGCGUAAAUGCAAGCUCAAGGUUCGCCGAUUAUUCAUGAGCUCGAGUUGUUUUGGUGCAACAAAUGGUGCAAUAUCAAGGACAACUGCUACUAGUCUGUCGAAGGUUAGAUCGAUUGUAUCAUUCGGAAAGCGCAAGUGUCUGUUCUCUAGAUAUCUCCGGGUGCUCUUUAUUGAAACCCAGGGGCCCACUGUAGUUAAUCUCAGUGAUAUCAGCCGAUUAUUUCAUCUGAGGUAUUUGAAGGUUAUUGCACGAAGCAUAAGUCUUCCGUCUGAAUUGAAAGGACUAGUGCAUUUGGAGACGCUGGAACUGGAUUCUCAUGCACUCAUGUCAGAUUCAAUUCCAGCAGAUGUAGUUCAGUUGCCUCGUUUGUCCCACCUGGCUGCUCCAGGUCAUAGGCUGCCUAGUGGGAUUGGGAACUUGGAAUUAUUGCGAACUUUGAAUGGGUUUCAGUUGACAGAUUGCUCGUCGGAAGAUAUCAAAGGUCUAGGAGAGCUAACAAAUUUGCAGGAGCUAUGGUUCAUCAUAGAAGAUACAAUUGAAAUUGAUGAUGCUUUUGUCUCCUCCAUUGAAAAGCUUCGUCAACUGAGACAUCUCAGAUUGUCUCAUGAAUGGUGUCUUGACAAUGACAGUCUAUCAUCAAUAUCAAAUCCUCCCCUCCUUAUCGAGACACUUGUACUGAAAGGUAUCGUGUCCUUCAGAACUCCGAAGUGGAUUGGUGACCUCCAUUAUCUCCGUCACCUGCAGCUGUCUGUUAGGGAGACAUCGACUGAUGACAUUCGCCUGCUUGGAGAGCUGCGCUUCCUAGUGGAACUCAAAUUCAUUUUGUUGCGUGUCGCUGCAAAUGGAGCUUUCAUAAUCCGCACAGGAUUAUUUCCAGCUCUGGAGUACUUUUACUCACGCUUUACAGAGCGGCAUGAUAAGUUACAGUCUGCACAAGGCCAUGUUAUGUCAAACCUGCGCUUCGAGGUCGGGACAAUGCCCAAGCUACAAAGGCUAGAGCUAGAAUUAGAGGAGGAGCACUGGGGCGGCGCUACCCCAGUUGGCAUGGAGCACCUCUUAGCGCUCCAACAAAUCAAGGUAUCAUUCGACCACCGCUACCCCAGUUGGUAUGGACCACCUGUUGCCAUCAUUGAAUUGACCCGCCGUGCCGAGUCUGCGCACAGGGAUGCCUUGCAGGCGCACCCGAACCGUCACUCCAUUCGCAUCAAUUAG